ACUGUUUCCCCAUUUCACAGAUGUGAAAUUGAGGGUUAACAAAGUUGUGAGCCAGGUUUCAAGAUUGCACAGUUAGUGAGCCUACAUUCUACUGACAGCCUUCAUAAGAAUGGUAGACAUAGCGAUGAGGGGGCAGGGGAGCUAGAGGGACGCUCCUCCUCAAAGCCUGGAGACAAGAAAAGGCCACCAGGCUGAGAAGCUGGUGACAGAACCCCAGGAUGCUGGCUGUUAGGGUGUCACCUUUGCCCUCGCUCUGACAUGUUGGAGAAAAUUAGCUAAAGGCAGAGGAAUAAACAGAGUGGCUUCUGGAAAGAGGCCCCAGUAUCUACAUGAUUCUAUGAUAGGACAGAGAACCCCAAGUAGGACCCGACAGGUAUGAAAAUAAUUGAAUUCAGGCCGUGUUCCAAUCUCCUUCCUUUGGGAUGGAACAGGGGUUUCCAUUUCUUCAGCAGUUCUCCAGAGUCUCUCAUUCCCCAGCCUUUGAAAAGCUUCUAUCCCUCCCUCUUCAAAAUUGGAGGUCUACCCCUGGCAUACACCUGCCUUCUCAGGAACAAGGAGCAUGAGGUGGAGACAGGAUGGAUUGGGGCACAAGUCCAAUUUAGGGUGUGUUCCAGUUCAGUCCCUAUUGAGCCCAAAUCCUCAUCUCCCCCUCAUAGUGGUUCUCAGCACAGACAGGGAAGAAUUGAUGGGCCCCCGGGACCCAUUUGAUUGGCACCCCCUCUGAAGAUUAUCUCCUAAGCAAAUACCCCCUUCUAAACUGGGGAUGUAGGGCUUUGAAACUAGAAAAUGCCAGGUCUGAAAGAGAAGAAAGAACAAGUCUAGCAACACACAGAGCUCUGUGUAUUCAGAGAGAAGUUGGCAGGAUUGUGCUCGGGCAGAGAAACUCCGAGUGGUACAAAGGGACGUGCCCAGAGUGAAGAAAUCAUGCUAAUUGUCUGCACCGAAGCUGGAGAACGCCACCCAAAAUGAAGAGAGAAAGGGGAUCCCUGUCCAGAGUCUUCAGUGCCCUGCGCCUCACUCCUUUUGUCUACCUUCUUCUGAUCCAGACAGGGCCCCUGCAGGGGGUGAACAUCACCAGCCAGGUCCGCCUGAUCCAUGGCACGGUGGGGAAGUCCGCACUGCUCUCCGUGCAGUACAGCAGCACCAGCAGCGACAAGCCCGUGGUGAAGUGGCAGCUGAAGCGGGAUAAGCCCGUGACCGUGGUGCAGUCCAUUGGCACAGAGGUCAUUGGCAACCUGCGCGCUGACUAUCGAGACCGCAUCCGCCUCUUUGAAAAUGGCUCCCUGCUCCUCAGCGACCUGCAGCUCACCGAUGAGGGCACCUAUGAGGUGGAGAUCUCCAUCACGGAUGACACCUUCACCGGGGAGAAGACCAUCAACCUCACCGUGGAUGUGCCCAUUUCGAGGCCACAGGUGUUAGUGGCUUCGACCACUGUGCUGGAGCUCAGUGAGGCCUUCACCCUGAACUGCUCCCAUGAGAACGGCACCAAGCCCAGCUACACCUGGCUGAAGGACGGCAAGCCCCUCCUCAAUGACUCGCGAAUGCUCCUGUCCUCCGACCAGAAGGUGCUCACCAUCACGCGCGUGCUCAUGGAGGACGACGACCUGUACAGCUGUGUGGUGGAGAACCCCAUCAGCCAGGGCCGCAGCCUGCCCAUCAAAAUCACCGUGUACAAAAGAAGCUCCCUCUACAUCAUCUUGUCCACCGGAGGCAUCUUCCUCCUUGUGACCUUGGUGACCGUGUGUGCCUGCUGGAAACCCUCCAAAAAGUCUAGAAAGAAGAAGAAACUGGAAAAACAAAACUCCCUGGAAUAUAUGGAUCAGAACGAUGACAGCCUGAAGCCAGAAGGUGAGCUCCCAGCGGCCCACUCGCCCAACCCAUCCUCACUCAGAUCAGUGGGCUUCUGGGAAAAGGCAGAACUGGGCCUCAAGGAAGCCGGCUCUGCAGGGCCCCUUCCUCCACCAACUGCCCGAAGACUGCAGAGCAGGGAGAGGUGCGGCCAAGCAGACACCCUCCCCCGAAGUGGAGAGCAGGAGCGGAAGAACCCCAUGGCGCUCUAUGUUCUGAAGGACAAGGACGCCCAGGAGCCCGAGGAGGAGCCUGCUCCGGAGCCCCGCGCAACGGAGCCCGGCCCGCCCGGCCCGCCCGGCUACUCGGUGUCGCCGGCUAUUUCUGGCCGCUCGCCCGGGCUGCCCGUGCGCUCUGCCCGCCGGUACCCGCGCUCGCCCGCGCCCUCCCCCGCUCCCGGUCGGACGCACACGUCUCCAUCCCGGGCCCCCGGCUCGCCUGGUCGCUCGAGCAUCCUGCGGACUGCGGGCGCGCGCUUGAUCCGCGAGCCGGAGGAGGCCGCCCCGGUGGGGAUCAGCGCCUGAGCCGCCCGGGACCCGCCUUCCCGCCGGAAAGCCCGCACGCGCUGCGGCCGGGGAGGUGGGGAGGCCCUGAGGCCAGAAAGCCGGGCGAAGAGAGGUCCCUGCAGGAGCGCACGGGCGCACGGGUCUCGCCCGAGGACGUGGAUGAGCUUGGGCUGAUGGAGGAGGCGGCGGGAGCCGGAGAUUCAGGGGUGAAACCGGGUCGCGUUUGCUUCUGGUUCGCUGGCAGUGUUCUCGGUGGAUAAGGGUUGUGCCCCCUUAGGACUACAUAGAUUAUUCCAUUCCCGGCCCAGUCCUCCAAGGGUCUUAUGGAAACUAACAUCAGUAACCUAACCCGCGACUAUCCCGCACCCUUGCCACCCGCCUCCCUUCCCGCUGAAGGAACGCCUGGUUCCUGGCGCUUUGGGGCAAGCCCAGGCUACGGAGGCCUUUUGCUCAAAAUGCACAACUGUAAGGGAAGGGGAAGUCAGAUGCCGGUGACUGUGUGUACAGGGCACUGUUCUGAACAUCCGGAAAUCAUUGUGAUGGCAGCGCCUCUGGGCACCUGGUACCUGGGUACCUACCAGUUGAUGCGGGAGGAGCUCAAGGGCAUUCUUUUGCCCCCUGACCUGGGCCCUGGCGAGAACAAAGGAUUCCAGCCCCGGGCUUGGCCUCCUCCCAAAGCCUCCGUCAGAGAGAGAGGCAUGCUAAGCGUUCCUUCUGUCUCUAUUCCUAGAGAGAGGGUUUCCCACUCACUCCCCUAGCCGAGAAAGCUAGAUCACGUGAAGAACCGUUUUUAACCCUCACACCUGUGCCUUCUGCCUGGCUUCCUUACACAACAAGCCUUUCAAACAAUCAUAAUCCCCCUUGAAAGGCUGUGGGCUCUCUCCAGCUGUGAGAGAAUAAGGUUUGACUUUCUAGAGAAAUGAAGUGUGUGUGUGUGGGGGGGGGGAGAUAGUGGGGGAGGCUCAUUGCUCCCUUGGCUCCCCCCUCUACCUGCCCUGCUCCCAGAUACUCAGAUCCCAAGAGACUGGAGAAGGGCAGACUCCCUAAGCACACAGCAUCUGAAUACAGGGAGGUAGGGCCAUUGUGUAGCCAGGCCAGGCCCAUGCCCCAGCCUAUGGACCAAUUGUAGGAAAGACAAUAAUCUACUGUGUGAGGAGAGAGGGCAAUUGAAAAGCUGGAAGAGGAGACUUUCUGAGUUGACCUCUGUUUUCUGAUGCCUCUAGGGGUCCUUGCACCCCAGGCCCCUCCUCAACCUCCUAAGCUCCAGUUCUGACUCUCCACCAUCCCACAGAGCAAUUCCUAAGGCCCCUGUCUCCACCCUUCACCCUGGGGCAAGUUUUGUCCCAGCCCCAAGGGCAAAAGCAUCUCUAGUUGGCCCCUCCCCCUCUGCCUGCCAGCGUGCCUGUGGCUCCUUUGAGCCUGCAUGCUUUUGCAGCUCCCCUUAGUUGUCCAGAACUCCUCCCCUAACCUUCCCAGGUGCCUCAUCCAGAGAUAAUAGGUGUAGGGUAAGUUGCUCAGGCAGGUGUGAGAUGCAGGACUCAGAGAAGGGGAAGAUGCUGGUCAGCCUUGAGAGGCAGGGGUGAAGAUUAGGGUGGGAUGAGAUGAGAGUCUGCUGUAUUCCGUACCCUGAUGCUGAAUCCCUGAGGGCCCAGGCCCAGCUUCCCCGGCUGAAGCCAAAUUUACCUUGCGUGGGGUUGGGGAGGUUGGGGGAGUGAGGAAGUGGAUUUUGUUUCUCUUGUAUUUUGUUUGGAUCUUCAUCUUUGUAUUACUAGCAUCUAGCAGCGUGCCUAGCACAUACUGGAUGCUCAAUAAACUUUUGAU